AUGAGGCUCCUGCUGCUCUUGGCUCUUCUGGUUCUGGUUCAGUCCAGUCCCCAUGAACCUCGGCCGGUUCUGGACUUGAUCCGGGACUACGAGACCCAGAUGGCCGACCAGGGUCUGCAGCUGGAGGCUGAAGGGGAGGAGUCCAUGAUGGCGGACGACGAUGAUGAUGACGAUGAUGAUGAUGAUGACGAUGACGACGACUGCCCGCCUGGAUGCCGCUGUGCUCCUGGAGUGGUGCAGUGCUCAGACAAAGGUCUGAUCUCAGUCCCAGAGAAGAUCGCUCCGGACACCGUGAUGCUGGAUCUACAGAACAACGACAUCACACAGAUCAAAGAGGACGACUUCAAAGGCCUCACCGCUCUCUACGGCUUGUUUCUGAACAACAAUGCGCUGACAAAGAUCCAUGCACGCGCCUUCAGAGACCUGCACCGACUAAAGCUGCUGUAUCUGUCCUACAACUAUCUGACGGACGUGCCUUCAAACCUGCCCCCAAACCUGUCAGAACUUCGCUUCCAUGAAAACAAGAUCCAACGAGUCAAAAAGGAUGCCUUCAAAGGACUGCGCAAGCUCAAUGUGCUGGAACUGGGAGCCAACCCUCUGUCCAACAGUGGGCUGGAGAUUGGAGCCUUUAAUGAUAUGUCCACGCUGUACUUAGGACUGUCUGAGGCGAAACUCACCAGAGUGCCCAAAGAUUGCCCACAGUCCAUGAAUGAGAUAAACCUGGAUUAUAACGAUAUCUCAAAGGUGGAGGUGGAGGACUUCCUGAGAUACAAGAGCCUUCAGAGACUGGGCCUGGGCUUUAACCAGAUCAAGACGGUGGAGAAUGGCAGCUUGUCCAGUGUUCCAGACCUCAGAGUGAUUCACCUGGAUCAUAACCGUCUCAAGAAGAUCCCACCGGGUCUGAGUGCGCUUUCACAUCUACAGGUGGUGUUUCUGCACAGUAAUAAGAUACGCUCGGUGGGAAUGAAUGACUUCUGUCCUGGGAGACCGGAGGAACCUCACCGCCUCUACACCACCAUCAGCCUCUUCUCAAACCCAGUCAAGUACUGGGACAUCCGGCCCGGAACCUUCCGCUGCGCCGCUAGCAACAAGGCUAUACACAUGCAGCACUAUAGAUAG